GGCACAGCAUCCCAAUGGGCACAGCAUCCUCUGGGCACAGCAUUUUGGCACAGCAUCCUUUGGGCACAGCAUUGCACAGAUGCACAGAUGCUGAGCACUGCAGCAUCCCUCUCCUCCUGACCUCCUUCAGCACUGCCAGCUCUCCCUUUGGUUCUUCUCCCUAAAGAGUGUUCCAGCAGUUCUAACGUAACCAUGAAGAGUUGCAGGCUGCCCUAUGGCUGUUUUUAGGUUCAAACCUGGUGAGCAAACACCCUCCUGCAGCCAUCCCACUGCAGGGAAAAGCCUGGGAUGCUGCAGCUCUUCUUGCAUCCGAGCCUUGGAAGGGAACGGCCGAUGCUGAGCUCUCUCUGAAGGCUCUGUGCAGCUCCCAGCCCUGCUGAGCUGCAGUGCAUCCCAGCGCUGGGCUUUGCCAUAACACGCUCAGGGAACUUCUCAGCGCUGACCCACGCGUGGGCAGUUCCUGCCUUGUGCAAUCCCUCCAGGGCUGCAGCUGGAAAAUGAGCCUGGAUGUGUCAUUCGGGGUGACUGAUCCCCACUGGUGCUUUGGGAGUGAGAGGGAUGGAAACAAGACGGGGAUUGCUGCUGCUCAUCCCCACUGGGGCUCCAGACCUGCUCAGUUGGGUGACCUGGGGGCAGAUGGAGCAACGCUCACCUCAAACUACUGGAUGGGACGAAGUAGAACCACAGGCGAAUCUCCUCCAGGAGCACCCCAGGAAGCCAAGCAGCACUCAGCAGUGCUGAGCAGGAGGUGCUGAGGCAGAGAGGUUCUUCCCUCCCACCACCCCCCGUAGUUUGGCAGCUCCAAAACAGCAGAACUGGGGCGAAACGCACAACAACAGAGCAAUGGAUGCGGUUGCAGGGAGAAAUCACUCAGUGCAACACUCAGAGGUCACGACAAAGGUUGGGGUUUGCCAAUGCUGUCUCUCACCUUGGUGCCGUACAGCACCCUGCGAGGGCCCCUCGUCCUUUUGGGACACGGCGUUGGCACUGCUCAUAGCACAGCUUGGGGCUCAGCUCUAAUUUUAGGUGCGUAAUGGAGCUGCGUGAUGCAUGGGUGGUAUAAACAGCUCAGGAAGGAGUCCCCUGUUUUCAUUGCGAAUUGCAAAUAAAGGCGUCUGGAAUGCGGUGCUGCUCUGGGCCAUGGGCUGAGGCGGGCAUUAGUGGGUGAAUCAGGGCAGGGAUGAAUGAAGGAGCCAGGAAGGCGCUUCCUGGUGCCAAGUGGCCGCAACGUCUCUGUAGCUGAAUGACCACAGAGAAGCUGUCCUGAGGACUCACCUGAUCCAAACCCAACUCAUCCAACCCAAAGGUUCCUGAGUAAGCUCCAGCCGUGGAGCUUGGUCUGUUUUGCUCUGCCAAAAUGAGGAGGGAAUGGCGUCAGAGCGCACAGCCAGCGCUUUGGGCACUGGGAUGCUGCAGAUUGAGGGGCUGCUCAGCCCCACAGCAGCCAGAGUUCCUCUUCUUCCCCCUGCACACCCCCAGUGUGGCUGUCUCCAUGUUGUCCCUUUGUCCCCAUGCCCCUUUGUCCCCAUGCUGUCUCCUUGUCUCCUUGCUGUCCACCAGGACCCAGAAGGAAGAUCCUCUCCCGGAUUUGGGUCUGGAUGGAGCAGGGCUGCUGGUCCACCCCACAGAACCACACUGUUGUUUCUCUCCCCCAAAGCCCUGUACACGGACCCCGACUCCUGCAGGGGACGCUGCGAGGAACCCUACAGCCACGAGGAUGAGUGCCACUGCGACGCCGACUGCCGGAGCCGCAACAGCUGCUGCUGGGAUUACCUGGAGCACUGCGGGGCGGGUGAGGAAGCGGUGCACAGACGUGCUGAAGAGCACUUCUCCAGCAGCCACGAUGCCAUCAGCGAUGAGGAGCUGCUCCACGUCUCCGAGCAGCUCUAUGGGGCGGAUCGCAACAAGGCUCAACCCAAAGACAUCGCCAUCAACCCACAGCACCGGGCUGACCCCGACCAAACGGGGCUCCAGGAGGAUCGCUCCCCCGAGCCGCUCUAUGCAUACGUCAACGAGAAGCUCUUCUCCAAACCCACCUACGCCAGCUUCAUCCGUUUGCUGGACAACUACCAGAGGGCGACGGGUCGUGAGGAGGAGGUGACGGCCGAGGAGCUGCAGGAGCAGAACGUCUUCCUCCGGGAGGUGAUGAAGACGGAGCUCAUGAAGAAACUUUUUGCUUUCCUCCAUAAAAAAAAUCGUUACGGCUCCGAGGAGGAAUUCCUGCAGGAUCUGAAGGAGAUGUGGUUUGGGCUCUACUCCCGAGGUGAUGGAGAGAAGGACUCCAGCGGCUUCGAGCACGUCUUCUCAGGGGAGAUCAAGAAAGGGAAAGUGAGUGGAUUUCACAACUGGAUCCGCUUCUACCUCCUGGAAAAGCAGGGACUGGUCAACUACUUCAGCCACAACUUCGAUGGGCCGUGGGACACCUACCCUGAUGUACUGGGGCUGCAGUUCAGCUGGGACGGCUUCUACAAGGAGGUGGGCUCUGCCUUCAUCGGCUGCAGCCCCGAGUUUGAAUUUGGCAUCUACACGUUGUGCUUCAUUGCCCGACCUGGGAGGGCAUGUCACCUGAGCUUGGGUGGCCACGGCGUCAGCAUCCAGACCUACACCUGGACCAAGUCCACCUACGGCCAUGGCAAAAAAUACAUCGCCACUGCCUAUGUCAUCUCACCCUGAGCCCAUCCACGUCCUGGCCAGGAGGAACGGGGCGUCUGCAGCCCCUCUGCUCCGGGGCCAUGGGCUGCCCCACAGCACAGCCCCCUAUAUGGGGCAGGAGUGGUCCUGCCCUGGGAGACGGAUGGCCACGGGACCUGUGUGGAGCAGGACAACCCAUAUGGAGGCUGUGGGGGGAUGGAGGUGGCAGCCCUGGUGCCAUGGAGUGUGGCACUGCCUGCUGACAGCAGGAGAGCCGGGGAGCUGCGAGAGAUUUGCAGUGGACAGAAGCAACCUCAAGUGGAAUAAAU